AUGGUGAAACAUGUACUUAUUGCCAUGCCACUACAUCAGAUGGGUACCUUCCAACUACCAGACAGUACUAUUGAUGAACUUGAAAGAGUUCAAAGACUUUUCUGGUGGAACAAAGAUAAAGGGAAAGACAUAACCACAAUUGCAUGGACAAAGUUGUGUGCUGAUAAGGAAUAUGGAGAGCAACAAUGGGCAAAAUCAUUAAAAGCUAAAUACUUCCCAAACUGCUCACUUUUACAUGCCCCUGAGAAAAACAAUGCAACCUGGGCAUGGAAAAGCAUGUAUAAAUGUGUGGAUUCAUCAGACAAUACAGUUUUUGGCAAGUUGGGAAUGGGAGAAACAUUGCAAUCUGGAGUGACUGAUGGGUUUUAG